AUGUUCGCUUUCUUCGCUUGGCCUGUUGUUUUCGUGCUUAAGCUCUUUGGCUUUGGACCUCUCGGUCCCAUUGCAGGAUCAUUCGCUGCCUGGGCUCAGGCCUUCUUUUACGGCGGAGCUGUUCCUGCCGGCGGCCUCUUUGCGUUGUGUCAGCACAUCUCCAUGACUUGGUUUCUCUAUACAGGAUCAUUCGCUGCCUGGCUUGGGAGCUUCUUUUACGGCGGAUUCCUUGCAUGGUUUCUCCGUACAGGACCAUUUGCUGCCUUCUUUCAGCGCUUCUUCUACGGCGCAGGUGUUCCUCUCGACGGAAUCUUUGCGUGGUUUCGGCGCACUACCAUGAAUUGGUUGCUCCGUACAGGAUCAUUCGCGACCUUCUUUCAGCGCUUCUUCUUCCACGCCGCAGGAGUUCCUCCCGGUGGAUUCUUUGCGUGGCGUCAGCCCAUCGCCAUGACUUGGUUUCCCCGUACAGAAUCAUUUGCUGCCUUCUUUCAGCGCUUCUUCUACGGCGCAGCAGUUCCUCCCGAGGGAUUAUGUGCGUGGUGUCAGCGCUUCAAUAUGACUUGGUUUACCUAG